GGAAGUGACGAGAGCCCGCUCCUUGCCGGGGUCUCGGUUGAGCCGUGGACGCGCCGGCUUCGAGCAUCCCUAGCCUGGCAGGUGGGAGGCCCCGGGGUUGCGGAUCCCGCGGCGGCGGCUCGGACCCGCCGGCGACAUGGCCAGCUCCGGAGAGGACAUAUCCAAUGAUGAUGAUGACAUGCACCCUGCAGCAGCCGGGAUGGCGGAUGGGGUCCACCUCCUAGGGUUCUCUGAUGAGAUCCUCCUUCACAUCCUGAGUCACGUCCCUAGCACAGAUCUGAUUCUGAACGUCAGGCGUACCUGUCGGAAGCUUGCAGCCCUGUGCCUUGACAAAAGCCUCAUCCACACCGUGUUGCUGCAAAAGGACUAUCAGGCGAGCGAGGACAAAGUGAGGCAGCUGGUGAAGGAGAUCGGCCGGGAGAUCCAGCAGCUGAGCAUGGCUGGCUGCUACUGGCUGCCUGGCUCCACCGUGGAACACGUGGCCCGCUGCCGCAGCCUGGUGAAGGUGAACCUCUCGGGCUGCCACCUCACCUCCCUGCGCCUCUCCAAGAUGCUCUCGGCCCUGCAGCACCUGCGCUCGCUGGCCAUCGACGUGAGCCCCGGCUUCGACGCCAGCCAGCUGAGCAGCGAGUGCAAGGCCACACUGAGCCGCGUGCGGGAGCUCAAGCAGACGCUGUUCACUCCCUCCUACGGCGUGGUGCCCUGCUGCACCAGCCUGGAGAAGCUGCUGCUCUACUUCGAGAUUCUGGACCGCACGCGCGAGGGCGCCAUCCUCUCGGGCCAGCUUAUGGUGGGCCAGAGCAACGUGCCGCACUACCAGAACCUGCGGGUCUUCUAUGCGCGCCUGGCCCCUGGCUACAUCAACCAGGAGGUGGUGCGGCUCUACCUGGCUGUGCUUAGCGACCGUACUCCUCAGAACCUCCACGCCUUCCUCAUCUCCGUCCCCGGCAGCUUCGCGGAGAGCGGCGCCACGAAGAACCUCCUGGACUCCAUGGCGCGCAAUGUCGCGCUGGAUGCCCUGCAGCUGCCCAAGUCCUGGCUGAACGGCUCUUCCCUCCUGCAGCACAUGAAAUUCAACAACCCGUUCUACUUCAGUUUCAGCCGCUGCACCCUGUCAGGCGGCCAUCUGAUCCAGCAGGUCAUCAACGGUGGGAAGGACCUGCGGAGCCUGGCCAGCUUGAACCUCAGCGGCUGCGUCCACUGCCUGUCCCCAGACUCGCUGCUCCGCAAGGCGGAGGACGACAUCGACAGCAGCAUCCUGGAGACGCUGGUGGCGUCCUGCUGCAACCUGCGCCACCUGAACCUCUCGGCCGCCCACCACCACAGCUCGGAGGGCCUGGGCCGCCACCUCUGCCAGCUCCUGGCCCGGCUGCGUCACCUGCGCUCCCUCUCCCUGCCUGUCUGCUCUGUCGCCGACUCUGCGCCGCGCGCGGACCGCGCGCCCGCCCAGCCGGCCAUGCACGCAGUGCCGCGCGGUUUUGGCAAGAAAGUGCGUGUGGGCGUGCAGUCCUGUCCCAGCCCCUUCUCGGGCCAGGCGGGCCCCCAGCCCUCCUCCGUGUUCUGGUCUCUGCUGAAGAACCUGCCCUUCCUAGAACACCUUGAGCUGAUCGGGUCCAAUUUCUCCUCCGCCAUGCCGCGCAACGAGCCCGCCAUCCGCAACUCGCUCCCACCCUGCAGCCGCGCGCAGAGCGUCGGGGACUCGGAGGUGGCCGCCAUCGGUCAGCUGGCCUUCCUGCGGCACCUGACGCUCGCACAGCUGCCCAGCGUCCUUACGGGCUCCGGGCUGGUCAGUAUCGGCCUGCAGUGCCAGCAGUUGCGGUCCCUGUCGCUGGCCAACCUGGGCAUGAUGGGGAAGGUGGUGUACAUGCCCGCGCUCUCAGAUAUGUUGAAGCACUGCAAGCGGCUGAGGGACCUCAGGCUGGAGCAGCCCUACUUCAGCGCCAACGCCCAGUUCUUCCAGGCGCUGAGCCAGUGCCCCUCGCUGCAGCGCCUGUGCCUGGUCUCUCGCAGUGGCACCCUCCAGCCUGAUGCCGUUCUGGCCUUCAUGACUCGCUGCCUGCACGUCGUCAUGUGCCACCUGUUCACCGGGGAGUCCCUCGCCACCUGCAAGAGCCUGCAGCAGUCGCUUCUCCGCAGGGCAUCCUGGAGUUUGAUGCUCUGCUGCUGCGCAGGAACUCAGGUGAGCACCUAGAAUUGAACACAAAUUAGGAGGAGGCGAUUCCUGGAGAGAGCUGGAGCUUCGUAGGCGAUGUGGGGAGUGACGCAUUUCAAGACCUCUCAGGAGGACGGGCUGACUGCCGGAGUGAGCAGGGCUCCUGAGAGAGGCGUGUGCCCGGCCAAGGGGGCAGCAGGACAUGAACGCCCAGAGUGUUCGUGUCCCUGCAGGUGGGGAGAGGUGACAGGAAGGAGGCCGCAGCUGUUCACAGAGUUGCGAGAAGAGCCAUCAGCCAGGAGGUCUUGAGCCACUGGGCCCCGACAACCCUGCUUGCCAGACUCCACGGUGGUCUGUUGUCCUUGCGGUCUGCUGCUGGCUGUCUCAGGAAUAAUCCUGGUUGGGGUUUCCCCCUCUCUGGUUGUAAAAACAACUUAUGUUUAUAGAGUACUUUUUAAAAAUUUAGACUAUGCAUCAAUCUUUUUUUUUUUUUUUUUUUUUGAGACAGUCUCACGCUGUCAUCCAGGCUGGAGCGCAGUGGCGGGAUCUCAGCUCACUGCAACCUCUGCUUUCUGGGUUCAAGCGAUUCUCCUGCCUCAGUCUCCUGAGCAGCUGGGAUUACAAGUGUGCACCACUAUACCUGGCUAAUUUUUGUAUUUUUCUUUUUUUCUUUUUUGAGACGGAGUCUCGCUCUGUCACCCAGGCUGGAGUGCAGUGGCGCGAUCUUGGCUCACUGCAAGCUCCGCCUCCCAGGUUCACGGCAUUCUCCUGCCUCAACCUCCCAAGUAGCUGGGACUACAGGCGCCCGCCACCACGUCUGGCUAAUUUUUUUGUUUUUUGUUUUUUGUUUUUUUUUUUUUUUUUUUUUAGUAGAGACGGGGUUUCACGGUGUUGGUCAGGAUGGUCUCGAUCACGUGACCUCGUGAUCCGCUCACCUCGGCCUCCCAAAGUGCUGGGAUUACAGGCGUGAGCCACCGCGCCUGGCCUAAUUUUUUUAUUUUUAGUAGAUACGGGGUUUCGUCAUGGUGCCCAGGCUGGUCUCGAACUUCUGACCUCAGGUGAUCUGCCCGCCUUGGCCUCCCAAAGUGCUGGGAUUAUAGGCGUGAGCUACUGUGCCCGGCCAACAUCAACCUAUUUUUAAGUGAAGGUUUCCCAACAGUGAACACUGCCAACUUUCCCUGGAGAAUGAACUGGAGAUAGGGUUCUCAUAUUGUUUUGUAAUCUGAUUUUUAAAAAUGUAACACUACACCGUGGAGUCCUCUUGUGUCAGCAAAUAAAGCCCUAAGUGAUUAUUCUCAG